AUGUAUUCGAGAAACAUUUGGAGAGGUUUGAUCCUAGUGGCCCUGCUGUGUUCUUUACGUCCUGUCAGAUCGCAGCAAAAAGACAUUGUGUUUCUGGUGGAUACAACAGCAGGAGCCACAUCAAAUGAACUGGACCUUGUAAUAGAUUUUAUAUACAAGGUUGCCUCAUUCUUAACCAUUGGACCAAAUGACAUGCUCAUUUCUGUUGUGACAUUUUCAUCAACUGCUACAGAAUCUUUUGACCUGGAUGACUAUCCGGAUAGUGCUGGACUGUUGGCCGCUCUGACUAAUCUAAAAACCAUAACACCAUCCGGAAAUAAUGGACUGGUUGCUGGUUUGAAUUAUGUAAAGGACAAUUCAUUUCAGGCGAGUAAGGGAGCGCGCACCCUUGCAGAUGAUACUUUGGUGCUCAUUGCACACAGUCAGUCCGUAACUAGUUUUAAUACAGCUGUAGUAGGUACUGCCCUUGGACUAAAUGAAGUUCACUCCUACACGAUUGGGAUAGGGUCAUCAGUUUCUCAGUCAGAGAUGAUGUUCGUGUCAACAGACCCGGAUUCCGAUAAUAACCAUGUGGUGAACAGUUUCAGUGUCUUGUGUGAUGUAGUGCCUGUACUUGUCCCUAAACUCGAUAGCACAACUAGCGUGACGUCAGCAGAUGGAUGUGACGUAACGACAACGUCAACCUCCACUACCACAACUACAACCACCAUAACCACCACUACACAACCCACAACCACCACGACCACAGCGACAGCUGGACCUGCGUCUCUCAAAGAUAUUAUUUUCGUUGUUGACGUGUCAUCUGGAGCCAAUGAAGCGGAUCUGAACUAUGUCACCGACUUUGUAUACAAGGUUGUGGCCACUCUAUCAAUAGGUGACAACGACACUUUGGUAUCUAUUGUCACUUUCUCCGAUACCACAGAAGAACAUUUUGCUCUUGAUGUUCACAAUACAAGCUCUACACUGCUAAGUGCAACGAGCACCCUGAUGGAUUUGGCUCCAAGUGGUGACCCACAGACAUUCGAAGCAUUAAACUAUAUCAGUGCCAGCGCCUUCGAUAAUGGACGAUCUGAAGCAGAAGACAUCAUUGUCUUGGUGACGUAUAGCGAAUCCACAAGUACAGCACAAACCGCCUUUAACGCCCUUUCGCUGAGGUCAGCCGGUGCUAGUAUUUUCGUAGUUGCCGUUGGAGACGCAUUGACCGUUGACAACGACGAGCUGGUUGCUGUAGCGUCCUCACCUAACUCCUAUUACAUACACUAUGUGGCUAACUUCAGCGAUGUUUGUGAACUAUUGCCUACCUUUGUCCCGAAACUUGAUAGCUCUAAGACCGCAAGUACAGACGUGUGUUCGACAUUGAUAACGUCAUCAGUCACGGCAGCAUCCAGUGUUAACACAGACGCACCGUCAGAAAAUGAGGAAGGAAACGCGAUAGUUGUGGUUGGGGCCAUAGUAGGCGGGGUUUGUGUGACCGUACUACUGCUGAUCGGGGUCACCAUGCUGAUACUCUACUGCAAAAAAAGAGACUUAAUCUUGAGGAAAACAAAAAUAAAAGAGAUCAGCCGAUCACACUCAAGUAUUCGUCGACAAAAAGAGGAGACAAGUCAUAUGCCAAUGUCAGAUAAUAUGGCAAACAGCCGCGAUAAUCCAGAUCGUCACGAUUCUAACCUCUCGAGCAGUAGCCACGGAUAUGUAUCCCCAGUGCCUAUCAUAACAGAAAGAGACCUUCCGGGAAUGAUAACCAAGGAACUACCUCCGCAAAUAGGAGAAUCGCAAGACAAAGAAAUGAACUCCAGUUUGGUAUCAAUUUCAGAAAAGACGUUUGAUGAGGGAUAUAAGUCUAACAGCAUCGAGAAUAGAACUCCUGGGUCCGCGGGCUCAGAUCAGCUCAGUUUCUCCAAUUCAGAAAAGGACAUGUUUCGUCAGGAUUCUAGCGAUUGGAGGGACAUGAGUCCGUCUGUACACUCACAAAUCGAGUCUCAGCCGACGGAGCAAAACUUUGAAAACCCUACCAGUAAAAUAAUUGACGAUAGUGACAACGCUGUUGAAAAAGAUAUAAAGCCCACCACAGACUCAAAAGAUGAGAAUAAUUUAGAUAGUGGAACAGUAAAUUCGAUAGCUCCUUCUCAACAUGUAUUGAAAAACAAAAAGAUUGAUACUUUGCAAGAUUCAAAAACAUCUACCAUAGCUCAAAAUAGGGAAACAGCAACGCUCAGAACUAGAUACAGACAGUUAUCAUCUUCUUUGGCUGAUGCAAUUCACUCGAACCCUCAAAAUACAACAGUACCACUUACAACUCAGCGGCCGAAGGCGAAGAAACAUGUACUGAUUCGUCAGGAGACACAACAAAAUGUGGUUUUCGUUGUGGACAAGUCGGGGAGCAUAGCACAAUCAGAUUUUAAUACGGCUAUUGAUUUUCUUAAAGAUGUGGUCAGCGAACUGACCAUUGGUACAGGGGACGUCCAAGUAUCUGUGGUCAGUUUCUCAAAUACCACCGAUGAAGAAUUUGAUCUUGACGAUUACACGGACAAGACCAACCUUCUUACAGCAAUUGAUGGGUUGAAGUCGUCCAUAACGACCACUGGAGGUACUUUUACCAACGACGCUCUAGACUAUGUUCAGAGUACUUCAUUCACUAUUGCGAAGGGAGUAAGGUCGGACGCUGAUCCUAUAGUCGUUGUUAUCACAGACGGUGUCUCCCAGAAUACAGCACUAACCAAAACAGCUGCUGACACUAUCCGGAGUUCUAUAAUCGGAAGUAUCAUAUAUGCGAUAGGUAUAGGAUCUGCCCUUAGCUCCACCACACAGGACCUGUUGUAUAUUGCCAGUGACCCGGAUUCUGACAAUGUUAUGUAUGUCACAUCCUUCUUAUACGUAUGCAAUCUUGUGCCAACGCUCGUAGUGAAAAUAGAUAGCACAAUUUCUGUGUCUGUAGCAUCCGGUUGUACACAAACAACAACAACGGUGUUUGUAGGCAAAGGUGGCGGUGGUGCAACUACAACCACAACCACCACAACCACAACCACGCCCACAACCACGCCCACAACAACUACAACCACGCCCACAACCACAACCACCACAACCACGCCCACAACCACAACCACCACAACCACGCCCACAACAACUACAACCACAACAACCACAACCACAACCACCACAACCACGCCUACAACAACUACAGGUUUACAAGCUGUUGCACGUGGUCAAGAGGCAUCAUCAAAUGAAGAUUCCUCAACAGGUGCAGUAUUUAUCGUUUGCAAAUUAUAA